AUGAAUCAGCCGUGCCGGGACGUGCGGUGCAGCGAGGAGGGCGCGGUGUGCCGGGUGUCGGCGUCCGGGCCGCGGCGGCAGGCGCAGUGCUCGUGCGGCGGCGGCUGCCGGGGCCCGCCUCAGCCCGUCUGCGGCUCCGACGGCCGCUCCCACGCCAGCGACUGCCACCUGCGGCUCGCCGCCUGCCGCCAGGGGCUCACCCUCACCAUCCUCUACAGGGGCGGCUGCCACACCGGCGUGAACCCGUGCGCGGCGGCCGCUUGCCGAGCCGCGGGCCCCGGCGCCGGCGCCGGCGGCUGGCCGCGUUGCCUGGUGUCGCCGUCGUCCGGCGAGGCGCGCUGCCUCUGCCCGCCCGCCUGCCCCGCCGCCGCGGCGCCCGUCUGCGGCUCGGACGGCCGCUCCUACCAGACGCUGUGCCACCUGCGCAGGGACGCCUGCCUGCGCAGGGACCCCGCCCUGCACGUGCUGCACGCCGGCGCGCCCUGCGGUGCGGCAGAGAAGUGCGCGUGCUCCGGCGGCGAGGUGUGCGUGCUGCGCGCCGGCCGCUCCGUCUGCGAGUGCCCCGAGUGCCCGGCCAGCGGCGGUGACGCAGAUGUCGACGACGCAGAGGGCGGCCGGGGGGAGGAGGUGUGCGGCAGCGACGGCCGCCGCUACGCCAGCCCCUGCCUGCUGCGGCGCGCCGCCUGCCUCGCCGGCAACACGCUCACCCAGGCCGCUCCAGACGUCUGCCGCACUGCUGGCGACUCAGGCCUCCGGCCGACAGAGAACGCUGGACAACUGAGGCACUGCGAAUGUGACAGCAGAGGAUCCGUGUCGGACAGCUGCGACCCUACCACUGGGCAAUGUGUGUGUAAGAGAGGCUUCACGGGGUUCAAGUGUGAGCAGUGCCAACCCGACUUCUGGGAGAGCCGCGGCGCGCGAGAUGGCGUUGAUGCAUGCGAAGGAGGUUUCCAGGACCGCGACCCGCCGGAAGCAGUGGUGAAGCAGGCGAGGAAGGGCUCCAAGUCGCCGCGGCACCUGCUGCCUCGCGGCCACAAGCGCAGCCGGCAGCCCUCCGAGCCGGAGAGGGAGCCGGGCUUCAUGGCCGACCAAGCCGUCCAGGACCUGGGCUACCGGCGCUCUGAGGCGGUGCGGGCGCCGCCGCAGGUGGUGAGCGCGCGGGUGGCGGGGGCGGCGCUGGUGGGCGAGCCGUGUGCCGCCGACGCCGACUGCGCGUCGCCGCACUCCGCCUGCAGCCAGGGCGCGUGCGCCUGCGCGGACGGCUAUACGCGCGCCACCGACGCGCUCUGCAUCCCUGAGGACAUUCCGGCCUUCGACGGAAACUCAUACAUGCGACUGAAAGCGCUGGAGGCGUACAACAAGCUGAGCAUCGAGGUGGAGUUCAAGACGUACGAGAGCAACGGCAUCAUCCUGUACACGCAGCAGGAGGACGACGGCACGGGAGACUACGUGUCGCUGGCCGUCGUUAAUGGGCGCGUGCAGUUCCGGCUGAACGUGGGCAACGGCCCGCUGGUGCUGGAGAGCGGCGAGCGCGUGUCGGACGGCGCGUGGCACCGCGCCGUGGCGGUGUAUGGCAACGCGGGCGCCUCCUCGGGCCUGGUGGGCUGCGUGCGCGCGCUGCGCGUGGGCGGGCUGCGGGUGGCGCUGUCUGGCGCGGCGGCGCGCAGGGCCGCCGUGGCGGUGCGCCGCUGCCCGCCCUGCCUCGCGGGGGACCCGCGCUGCCUGCGGCCGCCCGGCUGCCUCCGCAACCUCACCACAGGUGGUUCCUGCUCGUCCAGCCGGUUCGACCCGUGCGCCUCUAGCCCCUGCGUGGGCGGCUCGACUUGUGAGCCGCUGGCUGGGGGUGGCUUCUUCUGCAACUGCAGCCGCGGAGCCGCCUGCGACACGGAGGGCAGCACGUUCGUGGCAGCGCUCGACGGCAGUUCUUCGCUGGAGCUGGCGUGGCCCGAGGGCGCUGGAGCGGCGCUGUCGCUGGAUCUGUGGUUCCUGGCAGAGCAGCCGGAUGGCGUGCUUCUGUCUGCUGGAGGGGGAGGACGAGCUGGAGGCGGAGACUUCCUGUGGUUGGCGCUGGUCGGCGGCCGCCUUCAGCUGCGCUUCAACCUGGGCAGCGGCGCCGCCACCGUCACGUCGCCGCAGAGGGCAGAGGUCGGCCGCUGGCAGCGCGCUUUGGUGAGCCGCGCAGGGCGCAAGGCGUGGCUGAGGCUGGGCGAGGAGGGAGGGCUGCUGGCCGCGGGGGAGGCUCCGCCCCCACUCGCCAGGCUCGACCUGCGCAGCCCGCUGCUGCUGGGAGCCCCCCGCGGCGAGGGCGUCCCGGCGGCGGCGGGCCUGCGCGGCGCCGUGCAGCGGCUGUCCGUCAACGGCCGCCUGCUGGAGCUGGGGACGGCCGCGGCGCAGGCGUCGCCCUCCGUGCCGCCAUGGCGAGGGCCGCUCUGCGCGCACCCACACUGCCUGCCGCGCUGUCAGCUCGGCGGCCGCUGCAGCCAAGGUGAUCGUAACGACUCAAUCAGUGAAAGACCAGUCAAAUUUACGGGAUCUUCAUUUUUCCGCCUUCCAAAUAAAGUAAUAAAAAGGAAGAAGACGGAGCAAGCCAACCGGUACGAGAUCGUAUUCAGGACGAUGGAGUUAAACGGGCUGUUGCUGUGGCUGAGUAAAGGCAGGACGGCUACGAACCACUUCUCUCUGGCGGUCGUCAAUGGACAAGUGGAGAUGAGCUUCGGCCUGGGACGGAGGCACAAGCCGCUCCUCAUCAGGUCGCAGGUGUGGGUGAGCGACGGCGCGUGGCACCGCGUGGUGGCGCUGCGGCACCGCUGGAGGGCGGCGCUCAGGGUCGACGCCGGGGCUCCGGGGCGAGGGGCGGCGGCCGGCGGCGCCGCGGCCACGCUGCGCUCCAACGGCUGGCUCUGCAUAGGCGGGGCCCGCUCCUUGCCGCCUGGUUUGCCAAUGUCCUACUACGUCGGCUUCAAAGGCUGCAUCAGGGAACUUCUGGUGUCCAGAAAACAACUCAGCGUCCUGGAGAGAGUUGAUGAACACAAAAACUUCAUUGAAUACUGCCACGAAAACGAAGUGUGAUUGACCAUCGUGCCAACGGACAUUUGUUAUACAGUUCCUGCGUGUCAUGAAUUCAGAUGGUUUUCAAUAAUACUCUAACCGCGUGCAGUUUUUACAUGUAGUGCGCUUUCACUCUGAUUUUUGAAUGAAAGGAUGCUUUAACAAGGAGAAACUUGUUACCUGCAGAAGACUACUGACUUUUAUUUAAAUAGCCGAAAUAACCAUUACGUAAAUACUCAAAACAUUUCUUCUAUUUCAACGUUUCUUUUCUUCGUUUCCUGUUUACUUUACGUGCAUUAACAUUGCGGCGGUCAGUGUAAGGAGUGGCAGAUAGUAAUGUGAAAUGUGAUAACAUUCUAGUCCAUAUAACGUGACUGUAUGAUUUUGUGUCAAACUGUGUGACGUAUAGUAUAUGCGGAGCAGUAACUCUGGCCGAAUACCUUCUUGGAACACUAAAGACAUCUGACAGCUGCGUAAUUUUUACGUUGUAAAAAAAUUGUAAAAACAGCUGUUCUCGUCCCAACUACCGUUAAGUCCGGUAGUUGUGCGUUUGCAGUAGCCUCAUUGUUGAACUGGAUUAGAACAGUAGUACCUGGUUGUGUCUACGGACUUCUAAGCUUUAAGAUAUGUGCUCCGAAUUUCUUUUUUUAAGUAUUUGUCUCAUACUAGUAACUCCUUUAGUUUCAUGUGUACAAAAUGUAAGUUGGUUCGAGACAUGUGUAAACAAAAUAUUUUUGUAUAUCGAGAAAUAGCAAUAAUUAAUAACGUAAUUUUAAAAUCAGUGACAAUAAGGUACAAAUAAUACGUGAGCUACCAGUGGGUUGUGGAUUGCUUCUAAUGAUAGAAAAACUGCCACUGAAUCACUCUUCCAUUUUUAAGACUUGUGUUCAAAUUUUAAG